UUGUUCUUCCCCUCCCUCCCUCCCUCCCUCCGCUGCAGCCUGCAAAAAGCUUCCAGAAGCAAGGGAAGAAAGGGGGAAGGAGCCGAGACGCCGCUCCAAAUGCUUUGAUCUCCGUCCGUGGGCUCUCCUCCCGAUCGAUCUCGGCUCCUCCAUGGCGCGCGUCCUCCCGCUCAGCAUCGACACGGGGGAGAUGGCCAGAGGCGAAGAUAUGGUGACAGACAUGCCAAGUUCUUCAGCUGGGGCGUCGUGCGCAGCAGUUGACCAUUCUGAGCAAAACACAAAGGACGAUGAAUAUGCGAGGCUGGUUACACGAGCUCAACAUGCAACAUCUGAUGUCAGUGCGACAAUUUUACCUGAGCAACCAAGGUCAAGAUCCUUCAUUUGGUGGAUGAAAGUUCUGCUUGGCUGCUUCCUUCUUAUAAUAGUGGGUUACGUCUUUGUGAAAUGGGGAGUCCCCUUUGCCUUUGAGAAGGUUCUUUUGCCAAUCAUGCAGUGGGAAGCAAGUGCUUUUGGGCGUCCAGUAUUGGCUGUUGUUCUUGUUGCAUCUUUGGCUCUCUUUCCAGUUAUUUUAGUUCCUUCUGGUCCUUCUAUGUGGUUAGCAGGAAUGAUCUUUGGUUAUGGUUGGGGUUUCUUGAUUAUAAUGGUCGGGACUACUAUUGGCAUGGUGGUACCGUAUUGGAUUGGCUCAUUGUUCCGCGAACGUCUACAUGUAUGGUUAACGAAAUGGCCUCAGCAGAUAGCACUAAUAAAACUUGCUGGUGAAGGGAAUUGGUUCCAGCAGUUUCGAGUUGUUGCGCUAUUCAGGAUCUCACCAUUCCCAUAUACAAUUUUUAAUUAUGCUGUCACUGUGACAGAAAUUAAGUUCAACCCUUAUCUAUGUGGUUCAAUUGCUGGAAUGGUACCAGAGGCAUUCAUCUACAUAUACAGCGGACGGUUAAUCCGUACAUUGGCUGACAUGAAGUAUGGCAACUACAAAAUGACGCCGGUGGAGAUAACAUACAACGUCAUCUCCUUCAUCAUCGCCAUCGUCCUCACAGUCGCCUUCACGGUCUACGCCAAGAGAGCUCUGAACAACAUAAAAAGUUCAGAAGGUAUCUGUAAAGAAGAAGUUCUGAGCCCUGCCGGCUCGGGUGCACGUCUGAAACACCAUCAGGAGCGCUCUGGUUCAUGCUCUGUAGAACUAGAUGUUGUAUGACGGUGUAUUUCAUUCACCGGGAGAGUAGAUACAAAGAUUGCCUGAGAGGAGGCUGUUAGGUGUAGGGUUGCGCCGGGUAGAUAGGCUACAACAGCAGGUUAAAUAAUAGUAUAAUACACCCAGCUGACGUGGUUUACUCGAUUCAUUUCGUGUGCUUUGUCUGCGUGGCCAUACUUGAACUGAAUCCGGGGGUGCAAUAGUACUGAAUACUGAAUUGUGACUGAGCGUUGCCGCUCUCAGCGAUGGUGUAACCAGAAUGCUGUUGCUGGCGUGUAGACUCCACGUGGAGAUUUCUGUAGAGUCCAGAGGCCUCCAUAAGCACGGCCUUGCAACUAGUCUACCACUGCGGUCUGCGGGCAUCUGAAACAUUGUGCACUUUGUAA